AUGACAUUUCGCGUUGCGUCAAUUGCAGGCGCAUGGAAUUUUUGGUGUUGUCCUUCACCGGGUUCGACACAGUGGCGGGGGCGGACAAAGAAACCUCCGGCUUGUCCCCGUGACUUGAACCACGAGUCCACGACUGCCUCGAACCACAACAGCCAAUGUCAUCGGCCUUUUUCAUCUCCAUCUGUCUGCGACGACAAAGGGAAAGAGUACAACUCCGAUGGCUCGCCGGUCCACCAGGAGCAGCCAGGGUCAGGCAAGGUUCCAUCCAAUCGCCUGCGAGACAUGCCGUCGCAAGAAACGCAAGGUGAGAGCGUUAUUAGAGCCAACGCUUCUGUUCGCCGUAUACUAACGGCCCCUCGAGACCAACCUGUGGGCAAUGCAGCAAUGAUACAUCCCAGUGUCGUUAUGCCGAUCAAGGGAAGAGGUAGGGGUCUCCCGCUGGGCUUCGUCAGCGCUCUUGAGAAGCGGCUGGCCGAAACCGAGAAUGCCCUCUAUCGCGUCAUCCAGGGUUCGCCAGUCGAGGGCUUAGGCACUGUUCAGCUUGACCCGACAUCCCAUAGCAAAGGCGAUCGGCUCAAUGAAUGGAAGAACUUCCCUCUCAACUCUAUGGAGGACAUAUUAGCGUGGUGCCGUUGGAAGGCCCUUGAACAGGACGGGAACCCCACGUCUCCAAUACAAACGAGCCUAGACGAAGAGCAUCACCACAUUUCCGGUCCAAGUGACAGGAACUGCCGCCGGCAAUCGCUCACCGAAGGCACACUCACAUCAGCGCAUCCAGCUACGGCGCACAUGGCCAGCAGGCCAAAUGACUUGGUCACCAGCAAAGCAGAGAAGCUCAGUCGAACACGGCCAGGUCUUUACUUUUGA